AUGAUUCUAGAGGAUGUGGUGCUCACCUUGCUGCAGAUCUUGCACAGGGACGAGCAAGGGCCGGGCGACGAGGACGAGCAGGGGCUUGACAAGCAGGGGCGACGAGGGGUGGAGGGAUGGGGCGCGAGCAGGAGGGGGACAGAGGGAGGACAGCGGGCGGCUCAUGCAAGGGCGGAGGGUGGCGAGCGGCGUGUGCAGGGGCGGAGGGUGGGCGGCGCGUGCAAGGGUGGAGGACGGCGGACGGUGCAUGCAAGGGUGGAGGACGGCGGGCGGCGCGUGCAAGCGCGGGAUGCGGACGGCGGCGGGAUGCGGAUAGGGUUUCACAAGGGAGGUGGAGGAGGAUGGAGGAAAAAGAAGCAUACUGUUUUGGCACUUUAA